AUGGAAGAAAUUGAAGUAACUUGGCCGCCAAUAUUAAACUCAUGUCAAGAUGAUUUCAUCGGCAUCUAUUUUGUAGAAACACCGAUUCUUACAGGUGCUUGUGAUUAUAUUGGCUACGAGUUUGUGCAAAAUCAGACUAGUGCAUCAUGGGAUAUGGUCAAUUUACGUCGACCACUUGAAUUUCGUUAUUAUUCACGCAAUCAGAAUUGCUCCGGUAACUAUUCGUUUGCCGCCAAAUCAUCCGUUGUUCAACCUCUUAACUAUAACGAACCAACACAGAUUCAUUUAGCAUAUGGUAAUCUAAUCGAUCAAAUGUUUGUUUCUUUUGUUACUAAUUCAAAUGCUUAUACACCACGAUGUCAAUAUGGAUUGAAUCCAUCGUCACUAGAAUGGCAGGCUAAUGGUACGACAUUGACUUAUACGGCAUCGGACAUGUGUGAAGGUAGAGCUACUAUAUGGGGCCCACAAAACUUUAUCGAUCCUGGUUUUAUGCAUACGAUUUUACUCAAUGAUCUUCAUCCGUCAACUACGUAUUUCUAUCGAGUCGGUACUGAUGAAGAUGGCUGGUCAUCAGUCUAUUCAUUCACUAAUCGUCCAGCAAAUGGAGAUUCCGAAGUGAUCCUUAUUGCCUAUGGUGAUAUGGGAUUGGCACCAUUCGCAUCAGGUGCUAAAUCAACCAUUGAUCGAGUACGAGCACGAGUCAUAUCGACUAAUAUCACUUGUCUAUUACAUAUUGGUGAUAUUAGUUAUGCUAUGGGUAUCGCUAUUUUAUGGGAUUCAUUCAUGACUCAAAUAGAAUCAAUUGCAUCUCAUGUACCAUAUAUGGUCAGUAUUGGAAAUCAUGAAUAUGAUCAUGUUACUGGCGGUGAUAAAGACCCAAGUGGUGCACCAGGUCCCGGUGGAUUUCGUCCAAAAUGGGGUGAUUAUGGUACUGAUUCUGGUGGUGAAUGUGCCGUUCCCAUGGUGCGACGUUUUCAUUCUCCAUCGAAUGGCAACGGUCUAUUUUGGUAUAGUUUUGAUGUUGGUCCCAUUCAUUUUGUAAUAUUUUCAGCUGAACAUGACUUUCACCGUGGUUCAUCACAAUAUAUUUGGUUAGAACAAGAUCUACAAUCAGUGAAUCGUUCUCAUACACCAUGGCUUAUUGUCAGUUCACAUCGUCCAAUGUAUUCAUCACAAAUAAUUCCAAAACCUUAUUUUAUUAUAUUAAUGUUACAAUUAUAUUUAGAACCAUUAUUUUACAAAUAUCAUGUUGAUAUUAAUCUUUAUGCUCAUAUACAUUCGUAUGAGCGAACUUGUCCAAUGUAUCAACAUAGAUGUGUUGAUGAUGGUAUUACGCAGAUUUUAAUUGGUAUGGCUGGACAAGAUUUAGUUUCUUAUCCAUAUACAGGUGCUGAAUGGAGUAUCUAUCAUGAUGAACAAUAUGGAUACACACAAUUAUGGGCGAAUCGAACCUAUUUAAAAUUUACCUAUUAUCACGAUGUUGAUGAUGCUAUUGCCGAUGAAUUUGUACUCAAGAAGUGA